UGGACCCAAGUCUACCUUGAUCCAAGAGGUUCUGUUGCCAGCUUUUGUUUAUAGGAGCACAGAUCUGGAGAUGGACCCCAGAGGUCAUCUUGUAUAGCCUCCCUAGUUUACAGGUGAGAAAAAUGAGGCCUGGAGAUGUUAAGAGAUCUGCUGCGUAGGUAGUAAGUGGCAAAAGUUGACUUGAAUCCAGGUCCUCUGCCUUCAAAUCCUGGGACCUUGCCUCUGUACCAUAUUAUAUCAACCUAGGAAAAGAAAAGCGAUCGCAGCAAAAUCUAUCUACGAAGCACCAGUUAUGCUUACUCAUAACCAUUAGUCAUUCCCAGGAACAAUAGGGCCAAUGGCGUGUUUCCUUUUGGGGGAGAAGGGAGUGAGGGGUAUGUCUGACAGCAAGUGGCAUCUAUUAAGGAGCGGGAGGAAGGACGGGAUGACUGAAUGAAUAGAUCUAACAUUCCAUGUGGUAUAGAUGGCCAGUACUGCUCUGCCCAGGUCACGGGCUGGCAACACGGCUCAUGGCAACAUAGGUUCAGAUCCCAGUUGCCUCUUACCGCUCAUGUGAAUUCGGAUAAGUCAAACUCCCAAGUCUGUUGCGUCCUUUGCAUAAUGGGAGGCUUAGGCCUAGCUCAUCUUAAGCUCCCUGUGACUGUAGUGCAGCUAGCCCCCAGAGAAGAACAGAAGCUGGCUCUAAAUAAUAUAAGUUCUAAGGCACUGAAGAAAUUUGGGCAAGUUAACUAGGUGACAUCCGUUUUUUUGUAAAGGCGUAUGAUGAAGAAAAUAGAAAUGGAGAUUUAAAAAAAAAUCCUAUUAUAUGAAAAUAGCCCAUGUACACGUAUGGCCUAUCCUGCUGUGGUGGUAGUACACAGCCAUGUCAAUUAUCAAACUUGCCUGGGAGCUAAGUGCUGGGCUCACAGUAUGCGUACUUGCUUGUGUUAUGCUUGCUUUGAUGAUAGAGUUGCCAAGACAUUCCCAUGAUACAUCAUUCCAAGGAGCUGCCCUGGACACGGAAGGCUCAUUUAAGUAGGGCAAUAUUGGCAGCUCUGCGGCAUUCCGACAAGAGUGGAGGGAACUCAGGCCAUGUCAAGUGUCAUCUCCAUCAGAAGAGAGUAUUACAUUUGAGUUACUUGGGCCUGUUUUUUUUCCAAAGGGCAAGAAAAAGUGGAGAGGUAAACCCGGAACAAAUUCAAAAGCCUGAAAACUCGGCCCUGACUCUAUAGCCCAUUGAGUUUUGUAAGAUCACCUCGUUUCUCGGUGUCACGUUUUCCCCACGUGGAAAAUGGACAUGACAAUGCCUGUCCUAAUUAGUUCAAAGAACUGGAAAAGAAAUAGAUGCAUGUGAAAACUCUUUAGAGGAAAAGGCGUGACAGAAAUGGGGCCACUCAGGUUAUCUGUUUUAUUUAUUUUUUGAAGAAUAUGGUUAUAGUACCCAUCCCGCCCCCUCCCAAAUUUCUUAGUUACUUCUUGACUGGACCCAUUUUCGUGAUUCCCGAUUGACCCACGAGGAGACCAAAGGAGAGAGAAAAUGACCUCUUCAGGGUCUUAUAGCCAAAUAUAAAUGAAACUGGAAUGUGUAGCCUAGGUCUCUGGCAUUCUCAUUUCUUGUUUAGCUGUGACAAAUCAGACAAUUAAAAAAGAGCAUGGGGAUGCUGAUAGAUCAAGGAGCAAGCCCACAUUUCCAAAAGACUGCCUUUUACUUGCCAGGAGAGAUCAAGGGAAUAAGGAAUCAUGGGCCCUUUCUCCAAGACACCCAUUGACAAGUACCCCCGCUAGGUUUCACUGUCUACCGUGAGUUCAGUGUGCUCAAAAGCAAGCAUCCAGUUUCAGUGCUGAACUUUUGGAACCCAUUCCAUGUCAACCCUUUCCCGUUCAGGCAAAUUUAGCGUGCAAGUUGGUUGACCGCCUCCCGCCAAGCUGCCUACUGUUUAGCUGGGAUGGGCAACAGAGGCCACAGCUUGAGCUAAAGAAAAGCUCUUUUUCUAACCUCAGCAAGGCAGGUCUCUGCCACCUGCCCACUUUCUGUGAGGGCCAUAUUUAGUUAGCAUGGAAGCAGGCCUUAGUGCUGAAAUCAGUCUCUAGGCAAUGGGCACGGGAUGAAGAGUUUUCCGAGGAGUUGCUACUUGUCUGCUUUGUGGAGAACACAGGCUGUGACCCUCUGGCCGACUGAUAAGAUGACCAAGUCAGAGCCCCCGAGAUUCGGUCUUAUGCCUUUUAAGACAGAAAUAAAAAGGAAGGGAAUCGUGUAAAGGAUGGGUCAGUUAAUGUGGCCAUUUGUGGAUUUAAUAUUCAACUCAACAGAAUAGGGCCGAGAGUGUGUAUGUGUAGAGCAUCUGUAUCAUAGCAGAUUGUAAAUGAGCGCUAGCUAUGUAGUCGGAGAACCCGGGUUCAAAUCCCACUUCCGCCACUCCCUGGGUGAUUUUGGGUGAAAACACUUUGCCUCUCUGUGCCUCAGUUUCCUCCUCUAGAAAAUGAAGGGAUUGGGCAAGAUGGCCUUCUUGCUUAUGUCAGUAUACCCAUCCCACACCAGGCACACUCAUAUUCAACAGUCAUUUUUCUUGGGCUUUUUUUGUUUAGCAUAUUAAUUUUCCUUAAUGACAUAUAAAUAAAAUUCUUAAUAUUUAUUUUUAAAACUUUGGGUUCCAAAAUCUCUCCCUUCCUCCCUCCCUCCCCAUUGCCCUCAUCGAGAAGGCAUGCCAUUUAAUAUAAGUUAUACAUGUAUAGUCAUGCAAAAUAUGCUUCCCUAGUAGUCAUAUUGUGAAGGAAAACACAGACCCCCCAAAAAAAGCCUGAAGAAAAACAAAAUUAAAAAGUGUGCUUCAAUCUGUAUUCAGACAGCAUCAGUUCUUUGUCUGGGGAUGGAUAGUAUUUUUAUAAUAAGUCCUGAGUUAUCUUGGAUCAUUGCAUUGCUGAGAAUAGCUAAGUCAUUCCCAGCUGAUUAUCUUACAAUAUUGCUCUUACUUUGUACACAGUACAUUUCACUUUGCAUCAGCUCAUGGAAUUCUCCAGAUUUUUCUGAGAUUAUCCUGCUCAUUUCUCAUAGCAAAUAUCAUUCCGUCACAAUCGCAAACCACAAUUUAUUCAGCCAGUUGAUAUCCCCUCCAUUUCUAAUUCCUCGCUACCAGAAAAGAGCUAAUAUAAGUAUUUUUACACGUGCAGGUCUUUUUCCUUUUUGUUUUGUAUCUCUGUGGAUACAGACCUAGUAUUGGUAUUGAUCAAAGGGUUUCAUAGUCCCUCGGACAUAGUUCCAACUCGCUCUAAAAUCGGGGGAAUCGGUUCACAACUCUGCCAAUGGAGUGUUAAUUUCUCAUUUCCCCCACAUUCCCUCUGACAUUUAUCAUUUCCCUUUUCUGUCCCAUUAGCUGAUCUAAUAAGUAGGAGGUGGUAACAUCCACUCUUCUUCCAGAGACAGAAAGAAGCACUGGGGGCAGUGGAGAAGGGAGUGGAGAGAGGUCCCUGGGGUGAAAGUGGGAAGUAAAGCCUUUAUCUGUAGGUUAGGUGUACUUACGUCUUUGAUGUGAUUUAUAAACAAAUAGUAAGUUGGGGCUGACCUUACAGAUAAUCUCAGAGAUAAAAUGAUUGUUUAAAACCAUCUCUUCAUUAGGAAAAUCUUAACAUGAGCACUGUAGUUGACACUGGUUUGGGGUCUAAUAUUUAUUAUUCCUUUUUUUUCUCCAUUCUUCAUGGAUUAUAUUUGGUGUCAAACAGGGCUCAGGAAACUGUGUCCUGAGCUAGUUAGAGAAGAGUUGUUGAAGGUUAGGUCAGGUCCAGUCCCCUCUUCUUCCCCCUUGUCCUCCCCUACAGAAGUGAGAUUUGACAAAAAUGGAGCAAGCAAAGAGAAAACCUGAGAUGGAGCGCAGGAAGCACUUUGAUGUCAGGAACCAUCUGCUUCAGUUCCUUGGUCUGUCAUAGGUUGGAUGCCAUUCAGCCAAAUUGCCUUUCUUUCUGUUCAGGGCAGACAAAAUUCUCACAGUCGGAUGCUGGGAUUGGAAUACCAGGUGACCCUUUUUCUUCUGGGUGACAAGGCUGUCUCUUGUCACUCAGCAGAGAUGGCAGUUUCAUUAGGCUUUUGUUCUAGUUCUCGGCUUCCUUCUCUACUGGUGGGUGAAUAAUCGAUCCUGACUCGAUGGAUUAAUGGUAACAUCAGCAAUGGAAAGAGAAGAUGGGAUGAGUGCUAGUCUGGUAACAUGAAUGAGACUGGCCUUUUUCUUUGUCUUCCCAUCACCUAGUGCCUCGUAGCCACCAGAUAAAUGCCUGUUGAAUGAACGGAUGGAUAGAAUGACACGGGGGAUGUUCUCUUUCCCAGAACUCACCUCCUUCUGUCCCCAUUGACAACCCGUAGACUUGAAGUGGCUCCUUGGUGGUAUAUCAUAGGGCUUCUUAUGCUUUUUUCACAUCCCAGAACUUUUUAUGUGAUCCUGGGGCAUAUAGGUUAUAAAAAUUGGUAUGCAAAUCAAACAUUUACUAGUAAUAUAUCAUCAUUUUGUGACUCCCACCUUCAGUUGUGGAGUCGCAACUCAACAGUUUAAGAAACUUUGCUGUAUCAGACCAAGGACUUUUGAAGGCCCAAACCAAGCCUAAGCUGGAGUGGGCUAGGGAAUCCGGUGAUUCAUAAGGGCAGCUGCUCUCAUGCAAUAGCAUGCUGGAAACCACCGUCCUGCCUGUGGAAACAGCUCAGUAGACAUCCAUGGUGUCUAAAUGAUUUUAUUCAGGUUCAUUUUUACUUCCAUUCUUUAUCCCUAUGGUGGGCAUAGAGGACAUGCCCUGGAAUUGUGUUGAAGUCAUCUCUUUGGAAAAAUCGGAGUGAGCUCCACACCGGGCAGCUUGGGGGUGGGAGGGGACAGCAGCCUAAAGCUUCUUCCCUGUUCUCUCUUGGGACUUCACCAAUGGUUUUGGCUUGUCAUCUUACCUUCAGGGUAUUUCUCUGCCAGAUCUGAGACUCAAGGUUCUCGAGGGCCCAAAGCCUCACUGGGUUGCUGCAUAAUUCUAAAAUCGAAGUCAGCUGUGUCCAAGAAACUCAGACUCAGUUGACCCAAGCUGGUGAUCCAUCUGGGCUUGAGUAAGCCAACUUGUACAUAUCGAAACAUUCCAUGUAAAACCUUGGCAUUCCAGAUGAAUCUUAAUUUCGUUUUCUAUGAUACCGAACAGAUAUGUUUGUAAUUGUUCUUUAAAGUAUUUUGUAAUUGGGGUAGGGUGGGAGGGGUGGAAGUGGACCGUGAAGACAAUCAACUAAGACUUUUGUCUGCUCUUUUCUAUUGUAUACGUGGUCUUUCCUGUCACCAGCUGUGGUUCGUUGUGCUGACGUGCUUUAACAAGAUUUGUAGAAUAUUUUGCAAAAUGAUAAUAAAGAAAAACAAUCCUCAAAA